AGGGCGGUACUUUAAUGUGCUUCUGUGCACCAUACUUGUCAGUUUACACGUUUUUACUUUUCUGCAAUCUUUUUUGGGAUUUUAAACUGUCGUUUGUUGCAAUUUCUCAAAGUAGUUUUGAUUUGAAGAUUUUAGUCAGGUAACUUUUUAUUAGUAUCAUUGAUAUAUGCACAAAAAUACAAUCAAGAUGAUUUUCAUAAGCAGCUAUGUGACUUUUCUGUUUUAUUAUUAUUGCUAUUUAUCAUGUAUAUAAGAAACAUUAAUGUGCUAACGUGAGCUAGCUUUACGUUACUCUAUGCAAAUUCUCUAUUUCUGUGCUGUUUGCUGUAUAAAUAACAAUUCCGAGGUUUCUGCAGUAAAGAUGGCAGCCUCUUUGCUCAGGGUAGGACGGCUCGGAUCUCUGAGGUGUAUUCAGACGGAGAGCUGGAGUUCCUUCAGUAGAGCUCCUCAUGCUGCUGCUUUUAGCUCAAAAUCUGGGGACAACAAGAAGUCAAAAAAAUCCAACAAAGAAAAAGCAGCAUCAAAAACGUACUUCGAUAUAGAGAAACUUAUCCAGCACAAAUCCUUUGUGGAGUUCCCCAAGAAGGAGGUUGCAGCUUCUGUUGCUGCUGCCUCUACAGAAGCAUCUGCUGCUGCCCCUGCACCUGAACCAGUCCUGACUGCCACUGCAGCUCAAACUGCUGCCCCUGCACCCGAAGCCAUUUCUCCUGUUGAAGCCAUUUCUCCUGUUGAAGCCAUUUCCCCUGUUGAAGCCAUUUCCCCUGUUGCUGAAGAAAUUGCAGCCGCUGCCCCUGUAGUUGAAGCCGCUGCCCCUGUAGUUGAAGCCGCUACACCAGUUGAAGCCGCUACCCCUGUAGUUGAAGCCGCUGCACCAGUUGAAGCUGCUGCUCCAGUUGUUGAAGCCGCUACACCAGUUGAAGCAGCUGCCCCUGUAGUUGAAGCCGCUGCCCCUGUAGUUGAAGCCUCUGCGCCAGUUGAAGCUGAUGCCCCUGUAGUUGAAGCUGCUGCGCCAGUUGAAGCUGAUGCCCCUGUAGUUGAGACUGCUGCACCAGUUGAAACUGAUGCCCCUGUAGUUGAAGCUGCUGUGCAAGUUGAAGCCCAAGUUGAAGCCACUGCACCAGUUGAAGCCCAAGUUAAAGCCACUGCACCAGUUGAAGCCCAAGUUGAAGCCACUGCACCAGUUGAAGCCGCUGCACCAGUUGAAGCUGCUGCGCCAGUUGAAGCCCAAGUUGAAGCCGCUGCACCAGUUGAAGCUGCUACGCCAGUUGAAGCUUCUGCUUUUGCAGUUGAAGCCACCCCUGUAGAUGAAGCUCCUGUCUCAGAAGCAGUUGUUGAAGCUGUCAGUGAAGAGGUUGCAGAAGCUGUGGCAGAAGCUGCCCCAGUUGCAGAGGCCAUCAUUGAAGUAGUUGCAGAAGCAGCCCCCAUUGAGCCGGUUGCAGUUGCAGCUCCUUCUGAAGAGCUGGUAGAUUCUGCUCCUGUGAUCACAGAUGCUGCUGAAGCUCCAACAGAAGUUGUGGAGACGCCUGAGGCUGGAUUGGACCCCAUUCAGAAACUUUUCCUCGAUUCUAUUCGAGCGUACUCAUCACAAACCGGUGCUGCUGGAGGUCUAGUCGAUGCAGGUCCAGAGUAUCAGAAGGCUCUCGCUGAGGAAAUAGCAAAGCUGCAGCGGUUGUACGGUGGUGGUGAUCUGUCUUCCUUCCCAGAAUUUAAAUUCCCCGAGCCAAAGUUCGAUGACGUGUCCGCCAAGUAAAAGUGUGUUCUCCUCUCCCGUGCCUCUGUGAAAUUUUAUGAGGUCUAGUAAAUGCCCUUAUAUCUGUAAAAGUUAACAUUUUGUGAGAUUUAGAACAUUUUUGAGACUAUUUUUGAAAAAUUCUAAUGUCUAAGGGAAAAAACACAACCUGUUUAAUGUUUAACACACAAGUGUAUUGCUUAAAGCUGUGAAAUAAAUGCUUGUCAUUUUCCAUAAUGUAUGUCAGGGCGUAAGUAUUUGUGGGAAAAGCUAAAUAAACUGAGCACUUUUCUGUCUGC